GACACCUCUGCACCUCGCUUGUGCGAAUGGCCAUGUGGAUGUUGUUACAUAUCUAGUGGAAAACAAGUGUAAGCUAAAUCUUUUUGACAAUGAUAACAGAUCACCACUGAUGAAGGCAGUACAGUGCCAGCAAGAAGAGUGUGUGGCUAUUCUGCUAGACCAUGGUGCCGACCCAAAUCUGGCAGAUGCUGAUGGCAACACUGCCCUUCACCUUGCUAUCAUAUCUCCUAAUGCGUCUGUAGCAAGGCUGUUACUUGAGCAUAAUGCCAAUAUUGAUGCUCACAAUAAGGAGGGAUAUACCCCACUUAUUCUUGCUGUCUCUGAACAUCAUGAAGAGAUAGUAGAGUUGCUCCUUAAAAAAGGAGCUGAUGUGCAUGCUCGAGAUCAGUGUGAAAGAACCCCACUUAUGACUGCUGCUUCUGGUGGGGAGCUUAAUUUGAUAAAAGUUCUUCUUCGGUAUGGUGCUGAUGUUUCCCAUAAAGACACUAAUGGAUGGACAGCUGAGGAUUAUGCUGUUAUUCAUGGAUAUUCUAGUCUUAGUAAACAACUGGCAGAAUACACAGACUGGGAAAACACAGGAGAAGCUUCUGCAGGUGGUGCACAAGGCAUCACGGUACUUAGCACUCCUCACCGGACAGCAGCUGCUGGCUUUACAUUGGGUGCCCCUGCUAUGGACAGAGGAGAUGAUGGUGAUGGUUCUAAAAUUGAAAGUCCUAAGACACCAAAGAAGAGCCGCAAACAAAGAACCCUGUCAGAUGCAAACCUGAACAAAGGAGAACGUGGAGAAUUGUUGAAUCAAGAUGUCUCAGAUGCAAGCAGCUUGGAGGAAGAAGAAUUGGAGGAGAAGGAUGAUGAUGAAAAUGAGAAUGGAGAUGAUUAUGAGGAGGAGGAGGAAGAAGAGGAUGAAGAUCUGGAAGAUGAAGAAACUCAGUCUAAUGACAUACUGGAGGAGGAGCAGGGAGACAAAUCAGAACCUAAACGGGAAAUUAAUCAGAAAUUGGAGUAUUUUAAUAAUGCGAAGUUUGAAGGGCAAGCUCGGUGUGGAACUGGACAUGUCUAUGAUGAUAAAAUAAGUAAAGAACUUGAUGAAGAGGUGGAGGAAUCUGUUGAUAUUCCUGUGUCUUUUAUAGCUGAGUGUUUUGAAAGACUGCAAGAAAAUGUAACUGCCGUGUCUCCAAAGAUAAUGAAUAAUGAAGUAUCUUGCAAGUCAGUACCAAAACAACCUGUCUUUCAAAAUCUGAAUAAUUUGCAAAAUACACAAGAAAGCUGGGGCAGGAAAAGCAUGAUUCAGGAGAAGUUUCACAGAAAUGCUGACUCCUUUUUGGCAGACUCUGAAAUGACAGGCUGUAAAAAAGAGAUACUUCAGCCUCUCUCAGAUAGUUGUGGUCUUAAAGAGAAAAAGUCAAACUUUGGUGAUGGCUUUGAAAGUGGUAAUAAUUCUUCGUCAACAGCAAAAAACCCAAGGCUUCAAAGUCAAAGACAGAAUUCUAUCAUUCUUGAACACAUGGAUGAUGAAGAUACUGAAGAAGAGCAGUAUGAAAAAGUAGAUGAUAAAGUCUGUGAAGCACCGAAACAACGUGAAAGCUUGCACUCAAAUAGGUGUGAAGAAAAUUUAAGGGCAGCAUUUCACUCAAGCACCAAAGAAGAAUCACUUCAACGGGAGGAGGAGGAGAAGGAAAACGCUGGUGAAGAGCUCCGAACUACAGUUGUUGAGAGUGUGAAAAAUUCUAUUUGUAAUGAUAGCCAUCAAGUCCACAAUACUUCAAAAGGCAAUGCUG